GCGGCGCUGCGGGGCGGGCAUCGCUGCGGGGCGGAGCGGCGGCCAUGGCGGAGCGGCGCGGCGGGGCGGCGGAAGGCCUGGCCCGCCUCUCCGAGUGGGCGGACGCGCACCUCGGCCUCGUGCGGAGUCUCAGUGCCGGCGUGGCGGUGGCCGGGCUGCUGGUGCUGGCCAGGAGCGUCCGCAUGACCACAAAGUUCACGAAUGCUUUGGAUGUUCCUGCGGGCUUCAUACAAAAGAACGUGAAACUGCGUGGAAAAGUGCAUCGUGUCACUGAGAAGGGUCUGGAAGUUGAGCACAUUCCCAUUAGCGUUCCUUUCAUCACCUCGAUACAGAGAAAAUGGCAGUCCGAGGGUCUGUUGCUGGUGAGACUGGCCGGCGUGGAGCUGACCCCCGAGGGCACAGAGUGGAUCCAGAGGGAGCUGAAACCCUCCCAAGUGAUCUGGUUCCAGCUCCUCGGGAGGGAGCACUUGGCACUCGAGUGCCUUGUCAUAGUAAAUAAGGGCCGAUUUUCCAGCGUGUGCUUAAAUGAGGAGGUCCUGAGAGAAGGGCUUGGAAGAGCAGCGAGCAUAGAAGGACUGCAGCACGAUUCUCACCUGUUCUGGGAGCUGCACAAAAGACUUCUCCGAGCAGAGCUGAAAGCCUUGAGGAAAAACAAGGGCAUAUGGAAAGAAGAAAGCUUCUCUGAAAGGCUUAGAGCUCGUAUGAGCAGCAGUAACUUCAUGCAGACACUGAAGCGUUUUGUGAGCUGGUUGAGAAGCAAAGUUUAAGGAUGGGGUGGGAGGCCGGAUAGAAGCAGGGCAGUGAUGUGUGUUACCUGCUUCGUGUACAGUGUAAACUGAUGCAAACAACCCCUGAACUUGGGGGUUCCUUGUCUGGAGCUACAAAGUGUUGUCUCAUUUAAUCAGUAUGGGACAGAAGCGUGGUUAUAUUGGGCGGGACAGGAAUGGAAGUGGUGUUAAGCUAAACUGUUCCUCAGCAUCCUAAGUCACAUGUCUGGUUCCCCCUGCUGGGGACCCCACAGCUGUGAGCAGCAGGAUGGUUUGUUUCCUGAUGGUUCUGGAGGUACCUAAAUCGGGUGGACAGAAACCUUUUGGAAUGGGAAAAAGGGACCAGAGCUCGCCAAGAACUUGUUCUGUUUUUCAAAGCAGUGUGACGUGUACACCAGGUGUGGGGCUGUAAAUAUUCCCCAAAUAAAGGUUGCAUUCCUUA